AUGGCAACCUUAAACUCCAGUAAUACGAUGUCCUCCACAUUCUAUCUCACAGGUAUCCCCGGCUAUGAGGAAUUUCACCACUGGAUAUCCAUCCCAUUCUGUGUCCUCUACUUUGUUGGAAUAAUGGGCAACUGCACCAUCCUGCAUAUUGUUCGGACGGACCCCAGGCUCCACGAGCCCAUGUACUACUUCCUGGCCAUGCUCUCCCUCACUGACAUGGGCAUGUCCAUGCCCACAAUGAUAUCACUCUUCAGGGUGUUGUGGUCCAUUUCCAGGGAAAUCCAGUUCAAUAUCUGUGUGGUCCAAAUGUUUUUUAUUCACACUUUCUCCUUCACAGAAUCAUCCGUGCUCUUGGCUAUGGCCUUUGACCGCUAUGUGGCUAUCUGCCACCCUCUACAAUAUGCUACUGUUCUCACACCAAGACUUAUUGCUAAAAUUGGAAUUGUAGCCCUGCUUAGGAGUGCCUUUGCCAUGAUUCCACUUCUGGCCCGGUUGGCCUUCUUUCCUUUCUGCCACUCCCACACCCUUUCUCAUUCCUAUUGUCUACACCAGGACAUGAUUCGCCUUGCCUGUGCUGACACCAAGUUUAAUGUUAUAUAUGGAUUGGUUCUGAUCACUGUGCUGUGGGGCAUGGACUCUCUGGGUAUUUUUGUGUCUUAUAUGUGCAUCCUUCAAUCAAUAUUAAGAAUUGCAUCACGUGAGGGGAAGCUAAAGGCUCUCAACACAUGUGCAUCCCACGUCUGUGCUGUACUCAUCCUAUAUGUGCCUAUGAUUGGGCUCUCUAUCGUCCAUCGUUUUGCCAAACACUCUUCCCCACUCAUCCAUAUCUUCAUGGCUCACGUCUACUUAUUGGUCCCACCUGUGCUCAAUCCAAUCAUCUAUAGUGUGAAGACCAAACAGAUCCGCCAAGGAGUCCUCCAUAUGCUUUUCCCCACAAAAGUCAGUUCUACUGUGAUGUAGACAUGUCCCCAAAACAAUGAUGACAUCAACAAAAUGACUUAAACACAUACUGAUUUUUGUAUUCUAGGUAUGUUAGUAUCAUAGUUGCCAAUAAAAGAGUAAAUAGCAGAAAUAAAGGCAACAGAGCAUCACGAAUUCAUGUCUACUAGGACCAUACAGCUUGACUUAAUGUGUUCUUUACAAAUUCCCUCUAAAUAUCAAUAUUUUGGAGCAGAGUGUUUUAGAAAUCAUUUCCAUCUA